GGAAGGAGCAGCAUCGGCGCCGCAGGAGAGAGAUAGAGAGGAGAGACGGAGUGUGGAGGGGAAGAAGCAAAGCCUCAUCUCUGCCCGGAGAUGAAAGCUACUUUUAUCUCAGACUGAACAAUCGGAUUUCCAAUUGGUGCCGCCAUGUAUUUUGGUAAUGUGUGUCACAGCGCUCUGCCGCCGCUGGUCCGUCCCACGCUGGGCAGGACCCAGCCCUCCCCAGAUGCGAAGGCCCUCCUCCCCUUCCACCUGUUGCCUGGAUUCACUGACAUGGAUCACGUCCAGAAAUCUCUGAUUGGCCCAGGCUUUGGGCUAACCUUACCGCUUAAGAGGAAGGCUAGUUCCUGCGGAGUCUGUCGACUGAGGUUCAACUCUGAGGCGCAGGCUUCUUCCCAUUAUAGUGGCACCAAACACACAAAAAGGCUGAAAGCCAUGGACACCCCAGAUUCAAAGAUCAGGACCUCUGAACCGGUCGCCAAGGAAACCACAUUGCAAAUCCUCUCAUCACCCUGCUCACAGCCCCCAAGCUCUGACACAACAUCAGGAGAGCCCUCAGCACCAAACCCUACCUUAGAGGCGGCACCAUCGAGCGUUGGCUCCUCUGAAACCGUAAAAGCUCCCUAUGACCCCUCCCUGUCACCCAGCCCGAUGGCACCAGAGAAAGAGACACACAGAGACGGAGAGGUGGAGGUGCCUCCAGUGGAGGAAACAGAGGAAGAGAAAGCUAUACGUCUUCUCUACUGCUCCCUCUGCAAGGUGGCCGUCAACUCAGCCUCCCAGCUGCAGGCCCACAACAGUGGCACGAAGCACAAGACAAUGCUGGAGGCAAGGAGUGGUGAUGGAGCCAUCAAGUCCUUCCCGAGGACGGGGGUCAAGGCCAAGGUGGUCGCACCGCCAGAGUCGUCAACUGGACUCCAGAACAAAACUUUCCACUGUGAGAUCUGCGAUGUGCACGUCAACUCCGAGACUCAGCUCAAACAGCACAUCAGCAGCCGGAGACACAAGGAUAGAGCAGCAGGUAAACCAGCCAAGCCUAAGUUCAGCCCCUACACUCCCACCCAGCGUCACCAGAGUUUCCAGGCAAUUCGUCUGGCUCUAAGGACGAACCAGGACCUGACCAAACCUCUGGCCUCGUGUCUCCUACAGCGUCAACUCUCUGUUAACUCUCUUUCUGUUGCUGCUGCUGCUGCCAUGGCGACGCUGCCCUCCUUCUCCCUCCGCCAUGCCUCAAACCCGAGCCCCGCCCUGUUUCAGAAUCAGCCCCUCCCCCAGGCGCUGCUGCAUCCAGGCCCUGGACCCAUCUGUUCAACACACACACCGGUCCUGUUUUCCCCCUACUGACCCCAUCGACAUUGCAAUCAGCUCUGAACUACUGCUAAAAGCAGACCUGAGACCUGAACAAGAUGUGAUAUAAGACAGCGCUCACUGUACUCCACACAACAACACAUGCUGUGAGUGUCAUGGACCAGGACUGAAGAUCAUUUGCUGGGGCCAAAACCAUGAGGCAGGUUGGGAUGGAGGAAGUACAUUGCAGCAAAUGAAUGUGUGUUUUCUGAUGAGGGCGUGUGUGUGUGUGUGUGUGUGCAUGCGCAGAUAUAGCCAUCACAGAAGUACAAUUUGUUACAUGUUUGCUGCACUACUGCAUGAUUCACCCAGUCAUAAACAGGAUUUGUAAAUGCCGAUAAUCUAUUUGACAAUCAAGAAAGUCCCUCUUAAAAUGGACAGUUGAAUCCAGUACAGAUAUUAGAAAGAUGCAUCAUGGUGAACUUCCAUGAUGACUAUAACUGUGUGUGUUUGUGUGUGCAGAUAUAAGUAUGAAUGGCGAUCACAGCAUGCUUGACUGAAGAUGUUUAUUAUUUUCCAAUAAACAAUAGUUGUGGGUACUCA